CGGAGGCGGCACCAGGAAGCGCCGCCCCGGCCCGAGCCGCCAUGUAACCGGCGCCCGGAGCCCGCCCGGAGCCGAGCAGCGCGGGCCCCAGCGACCCGCCCGCCAUGGGGGACGAGGACGAGGACGAGGGCUGCGCCGUGGAGCUGCGGAUCACGGAAGCCAACCUGACCGGGCACGAGGAGAAGGUGAGCGUGGAGAACUUCGAGCUGCUGAAGGUGCUGGGCACGGGAGCCUACGGGAAGGUGUUCCUGGUGCGGAAGGCGGGCGGGCACGACUCAGGGAAGCUGUAUGCCAUGAAGGUGCUGCGCAAGGCCGCGCUGGUGCAGCGCGCCAAGACGCGGGAGCACACGCGGACGGAGCGCUCCGUGCUGGAGCUGGUGCGCCAGGCACCUUUCCUGGUCACGCUGCACUACGCCUUCCAGACCGAUGCCAAGCUACACCUCAUCCUGGACUAUGUGAACGGGGGCGAGAUGUUCACCCACCUCUACCAGCGCCAGCACUUCAAGGAGGCUGAGGUGCGCGUGUAUGCCGGCGAGAUCGUGCUGGCGCUCGAACACCUGCACAAGCUGGGCAUCAUCUACCGAGACCUGAAGCUGGAGAACGUGCUGCUGGACUCCGAGGGCCACAUCGUGCUCACAGACUUCGGGCUGAGCAAGGAGUUCCUGACGGAGGAGAAAGAGCGGACCUUCUCCUUCUGUGGCACCAUCGAGUACAUGGCCCCCGAAAUCAUCCGCAGCAAGUCGGGGCAUGGCAAGGCUGUGGACUGGUGGAGCCUGGGCAUCCUGAUCUUUGAGCUGCUGACGGGGGCCUCGCCCUUCACGCUGGAGGGCGAGAGGAACACGCAGGCAGAGGUGUCCCGACGGAUCCUGAAGUGCUCCCCUCCCUUCCCCUCUCGGAUCGGGCCAGUGGCGCAGGACCUGCUGCAGCGGCUGCUUUGCAAGGACCCCCGGAAGCGGCUGGGUGCGGGGCCCCAGGGGGCACAGGAGGUCAAGAGCCACCGUUUCUUCCAGGGUCUGGAUUGGGCUGCUCUGGCUGCCAGAAAGAUUCCAGCUCCAUUCCGACCCCAGAUCCGCUCAGAGCUGGAUGUGAGCAACUUCGCAGAAGAGUUUACUCGGCUGGAGCCCGUCUACUCCCCGGCUGGCAGCCCCCCAUCUGGGGACUCGCGCAUCUUCCAGGGAUACUCCUUCGUGGCACCGUCCAUCCUGUUUGACCACAAUAACGCUGUGAUGACUGAUGUGCUCGAAGCACCUGGCACUGGAGACCGGCCGGGGAGGGCAGCGGUGGCCCGGAGCGCCAUGAUGCAGGACUCGCCCUUCUUCCAGCAGUACGAGCUGGACCUGCGGGAGCCUGCGCUGGGCCAGGGCAGCUUCUCCGUGUGUCGCCGCUGCCGCCAGCGCCAGGGCGGCCAGGAGUUCGCAGUCAAGAUCCUCAGCCGCAGGCUGGAGGCGAACACGCAGCGCGAAGUGGCCGCCCUGCGGCUGUGCCAGUCGCACCCCAACGUGGUGAAGCUGCACGAGGUGCAUCAGGACCAGCUGCACACGUACCUGGUCCUGGAGCUGCUGCGGGGCGGGGAGCUGCUGGAGCACAUCCGCAAGAAGCGGCACUUCAGCGAGUCCGAGGCGAGCCAGAUCCUGCGGAGCCUGGUGUCCGCCGUGAGCUUCAUGCACGAGGAGGCGGGCGUGGUGCACCGCGACCUCAAGCCCGAGAACAUCCUGUACGCCGAUGACACUCCCGGGGCCCCGGUGAAGAUUAUCGACUUCGGGUUCGCGCGGCUGCGCCCGCAGAGCCCCGCGGGGCCCAUGCAGACGCCCUGCUUCACGCUGCAGUACGCGGCGCCCGAGCUGCUGGCGCAGCAGGGCUACGACGAGUCCUGCGACCUCUGGAGCCUCGGCGUCAUUCUGUACAUGAUGCUGUCCGGGCAGGUCCCCUUCCAGGGGGCCUCGGGCCAGGGCGGGCAGAGCCAGGCGGCCGAGAUCAUGUGCAAGAUCCGCGAGGGGCGCUUCUCCCUCGAUGGGGAGGCCUGGCAGAGCGUGUCCGAGGAAGCCAAGGAGCUUGUCCGAGGGCUCCUGACUGUGGACCCGGCCAAGAGGCUGAAGCUCGAGGGGCUGCGGGGCAGCUCGUGGCUGCAGGACGGCAGCGCGCGCUCCUCGCCCCCGCUCCGGACGCCGGACGUGCUGGAGUCCUCGGGGCCGGCCGUGCGCUCCGGUCUCAACGCCACCUUCUUGGCCUUCAACCGGGGCAAGCGCGAGGGCUUCUUCCUGAAGAGCGUGGAGAACGCGCCGCUGGCCAAGCGGCGGAAACUGAAGCUGCGGAGCGCCGCCGCCUCCCGCCGGGCCUCCCCGGUGCCCGCCGCCCCGGGCCGGGCCCCCGCGGCCAAGGGAGCCCCGCGCCGAGCCAACGGCCCCCUGCCCUCCUCCUAGCCCCGCCACUGUGACCCCUCCCGCAGGGGCCGGACCUGGCCCCGGCUCCCCGGCUCCACUCCCCGCCCCCACUCCCAGACAGAGCAGAAGUAUUUUUAUAAGCAGAGAAUUUUUUAUGUCUUACCAGAUGGAGAUGCAGGAGGGGGGCUGCAGGGGAGCGGCGUGGGGCCUGCGGAGACGCCGGGGGCAGGGAAGGCUGCUCCCAUUUCUAAGCACUGAGGCGCCCCUGGGAGAAGCUGGGCCUCUCCCUGUCCUUCCCGAGGCCCUCAAGCUGUCACUUUAUGAAUUGUCUGUGCAAUUACGUCCACCAAAGACCUGUGUUGGGGGUCCAGGGAGAGGCCUGGGGGACCCCCUGAAGCAUUAUUGCCUCACUUUGUGUCACCUGCUUCUCUCCUAUUGGGGCUAAGGAAGGAGGUAGGCGACCCCCUGAAGGGGAGGCCCCCGUCUUACCACCCCCCCCCCCCACUUUGGCACAGCUGCCCCUGGCAGGGGUGGGGUGGGGUGGUUUGGGGUUUGGGCAUCCCCAGUCACUGCCUCAGCUCAUCUGGGAGGCUGUGCCUUUGACAUUAAAAUAAAAACCCACCAGUGCUGUCUGUG